AUGGGUGAUGCCAAAGUGAAACAACCCUUCUUUGGGACACAAGCGCAUCAUCAUCAUCACCACCACCACCACCAUCAUCACAACCAUAAUCACGCUGCUCCCGCCGAAUCAUCGCUGGUUACGCCGACAACGACUCAUAGUAACGGUGUAACCAUGUCAACAGUGAUUGAUGCUAAGCAUGCCACCAGCACCGGCCUACUGACGGGUGGAUUGAAUUCGAAGCAAACGGUAGGACCCGGAUCGGGAAAAGAUGCCGCGGGCACCAUGGCAAACCCUUCGAAAAGCGCAGGUGCCGCCAAAUAUGAGCAGCUUAAGCAGCGCAAACAAGAGUUACAGAAACGGCUCAACGAAAAGUACAGCCAGCUGCAGCAGAUCAAGCGCGAAGAAGCGCAGCUCAUCGGGAUGUAUCCGAGUGACUUCAGCUGUGGUAUUGGCCCAUCUGACGGACCGGCAGGUACGGCCGCGGGUGGCAACGGUGCCAUGAGCAAUGGCACUGCCCCGACGUUACGGCGUAAGAUUGGCACCAGCUUUAAGUUGCCGGAAAACUUGCUGAACAACAAGGAAGAUGACAUCAACAAACUGCUGCUGGAGAAGCAGAUACAGCAGCAAAUAUCGGAAGCUUCGCUGCGCCUGGCGAACGAUGGUGGCCAGCCAAAGUCCGUGCGGCGCACCCAUAAACAAAACUAUGAGCAAGCGCAACAGAAGCUGCUGGCCAUCAAUCAGAAUCUAAGUGCGCUGAAAAAACGUCAGCAGCAACAGCAGCAACAACAGCAACAGCAACAGCAACAGCAACAGCAAUCACAGCAAGCGGCGGCCGAGCAUAAACCUUCCGCUCGGGACGAUAUCGAUCUGCACAAAUCGGCGCAGGUCAAUCGGUUCCGCUCGAAUAGCAACAGCAGCAGUAUGCUAAUGCAUCUGUCCGAGCGGCGUAAUUCCGUCAAAUCGACCGGUUCUUCGAACGCCUCGGGCAGCAUAGCGGCUCAGCAUCAUCAGCAUGCUCAGCACCAUCACCAGCAGCAGCAGCAAAUGUUGCAAGUGCAAAUUCCCCCUGGACACUAUCAUCACUCUCCUCAGCUGCAACAUCAUCCGCCAAUGCAGCAAAAGCAGCAAAUAUCGCCUUACUCGAUUCACAGUGGAAUCAUACCGUCCGGUUCGCAGAGCAUGACAUCGGCUGCCUCUGCGGCGAUGAUUUCCCAACUCAGCAUGCUGCGACAUCGCGCUCGAACGGACAGCUUUAGUGGGAUUGUUAGCUACGAUUCCCUUUCGGCCGGUUCGGCCGCAGAACUCAGUGUGAAGAUGUCACCGAUCAGUGCGAACGGCAGUAUCGCCAGCGGUGGUAGCAUUGGACAGCUACAACAUCAUCAUCAUCAUCAGCAGCAGCAGCAGCAGCAACAGCAGCAACAACCACAGAUGACGGUUGGUCCUGGACCGUCGCGAAUGAAUAGACUGAUCCAGCAGCAGCUUGGUGUUAACUAUAGUCCACCACCAGGAGUUGUCGUCGGUGGUGGCAGUGGCACCAGCGGAUAUGUGCUUUCACCUACCGUUGCCGUGGGGUCACCGGGUGGAAACGGUGGCCAAGCGUUUGUGUACGACACUAAAGUGAUCGCUCGUCUGCAGGGCACCGUAAACAGUAACAUGCAUCACUUUCCGUCGCCUCCACCGCACCCACAGCAACUUCCGUUGGGAUCUACGGUCGGAACCGGUCCGCACGGUCACGGUCAUCAUCUGUUGAGCGAUCAAAAUUUGUGUCCGAAUGCGAUGGCCGCACCAACGGGCGGUGGCUACGACCAGGGUAUCAGCGACCAUCAUGCGUCGGGGAGCGUUGGAACUCCGGCCGGUUUGGGAGGCUAUUGGAUGACACUGGAGAGCGGUGAGAAGGUUUGGUGCUCGGUGGACAGUCGACAGUUUUCCAGUCUGGACCGAAAGCAGGGCGCGGGCGCCGGAGGUAGUAUGAAGCUUUCGCGAACGAGCACCAAGCUUACAUCCAAACCGACGGGACAGCUGCAACCGGCAGUGAAGUCCUCGUCGUUGGGCAACUUCCAAGAGUACAUCGGCAAAUCCGGUUCAUUGACACAGGACGAUGACAUGAUCUCGGUCCAGCCGGAUGCCAUUUCCGUUACUUCCGGCUCCAGUGAGCAUAAGAAGCGUGAGAAGGUGUGGCGCGAGACGUCGCUCGAUAGUCCGCUUCUGAAGCAUAAAACACUCCCACCCUUACCUCCUGGUCCGCCGCACGCCGUCGGAACACUACCCGUGAACGGACAUCUGGUGCAGUCGCCGGGUGCGAUCUCACCGAACUCACCGUCAUAUCAUCACCACCAUGUGGCCACGAACAAUCCGACCAUUCCAUUACAUAUUAACACAAAUGUGUCGUCGUACACCUCGUCUUCGCCUUUGCUGUUGUCCCCUCAACAGAUGAGAUACUAUCAGCAACGCCAGCAACAGCUUCUCGAGCAGCAGCGUCAACGAAUGAAGCAACAACAGCAGCAGCAGCAGCAACAAAGGUUAAUGAUUGAAGAGCAACAGAAGCAAAUGCAGAGUGCUUCCUCUAGACAGGAUCAGCAGCACCCUGUCCAGCACCCAAACAAUCCUACGGUCGGUAGUUUGCAGCCGCCUCUUCCCAUGUCCGCGAUGAAUGCGACAUCGACCGCAUCACUCACGACGACAACGUUGGAGCAUUACAACGCUUUGCAUUAUCAGCAACACAAACCGCAGAAUCCGCCUCCGUAUCAUUCGCGCCACCAGCAUCCACCGCCGCCACCGUUGCCACCGCCGAAUCAGCACCACUAUCACCACUCGCAGCAACGCCUACAGCACCCUCCUCCGCCACCUCCACCACCCCCACUAGUUCAUCCGCAACAUCUUGACCUACUACCACCCUCCUCGUACACCCAGCACGAUGGCGUACCAUCGUCGACCCAUUUGUCACCCUCAGCGACCAGUGGUGGCGGCAGUCGAGUAGUGAGUCAUCAUCUCGAUGGCGGAACGGGCUACGGGUACCAUUCCGGCGGUACACUCUCUUCCCGGCAUCCGGACCUGCUCAUCUCCCCGACGCUCUCGCAUGCCUCGUCCCACACGCUUAUCUCUCCGACGACGAUCGUUCAGGCACUCCCGAUCGGUAGACCGAGUGGUGGUGACGAGACUAGCAACGUUUCACCGACGCCCUCCGCGGUCAUGACGCAUCAACCGGCCGUGACGGGACCGCAGUACACGGGCGCGGGAGGGCCAAAGCCUGACAUUCAGAUGGAAUCGCCCAAAAAUAUGACGGUCGUACAGCAAGGCAAAAUAAUGCCCUACAAGGAGGUUACGAAGCCGUUCGAGAUGUCCGACUUCUACAAAUACUCCACCAAGUACCGGCAGAAGCAGCAACAACAGCAGCAGCAGCCGCCCCACCAAGCGCGGCCCGAUCAAUAUCAAGGAUCGGUGGAGCAACAAAGUCCCGGCCAGCAGCAGGAGGUUGACGACGGUGAUGGCGGCAGUGGCGAAGGCAUACACAAGGGUAUCUAUCAGCCACCGAAUCGAUCAAUUUGUCAACCGAUCAACAACUACAACUGACGCAACCAGCGCAAGCGAUAACGCAGAAGAUUUCAAGCAAUAGAGAAAACAGAAAUACUAUUGUUAUUAGGUCGGCUAGGUCUCGUGUUAUCUAUCGUUCCCGCUGAUCGUUCCUUUUAGGUAGCGUCGAAGGAUAAGGAUAGCGUUGUUUGCUGCUGGCUGGAAGAGAGGGGACGUUGUUGCGCGUUGAGCUGUAACUAACUAUUGUACCUGUGCGCGGAAUUUGGGAAUCUAGUUGAUAAGGUGCGAUGAUAAGAAUGUUUGUUAGAGGGUAAGGUUGCCAAUACUAGACACUCGUAGCGGUGUGUGCUGCUUUACGGUUAUCGUUUCCCUUUUCGCUGAUAAAAGUGAUUGCAGAAGAACAGAGAAAAACACUUUUUUUUUGUGGCCACUUUUUUCACAACCACCUGGUGGCAAUGAAAGGGAAGGAACUCGUACCGAUCUCCUCUUAGCUUGAACUAGAAGCAAGCGAAAGAAGGACGAAUGAAUGGAAUGGACGCGCAGCAAUGACAACACAUCGUUGUGGGUCAUCAGAAAAGUAACAGGAGUUUCUUCCUAAUGCUUGAAGAUCAACCGAUCAGCAAAAACGGUCCGGCUGGAUGAGCGGGUGACAAUCUGACUACUUCCUCCAGAAAAGACUUACAAAAACAGCGUAGCAUUUCGCGCAAUUGCCGUUUACUUACAAAAUCGGUAGGCAUAUUUAAUAUGGAGUACACAACAAUAAGACUGUAGUGCACUAUGGUAGUGCAACGAGAAAGACACCGGAGAGAGAAGAACACACAACGAACUGUACCUCCGAUCAUCAAAUAGCUGUUAGUAGGCUGAGAGCGAUUGCCUUUCGUAGGGUUUAAUAACAAUAGCUAAACUGUGGCCUUUGCGAUGCCACGGGGCAACAACAGGAAGUGACAGGAAUAGAGAAAGCGAUGACUUUAUCUGAUUUACCUUUUUCUUAGGUAUUUGAUCAUAAUUCUAAUUUGUAAGGAACUUAAAUUAGGCACUCCUUGCGUUGGAACGGUAGCACAGAAGCGAUUACAAUUGCGUUGUGUUAAGUUUCCGUGUGGUGUUAGUUAAAGAAGCGACAAUAUAAGACUUAGAUUAGCAAUGCAAUCAUUGGUUCUCACGCACUGUUGGCGCGACCGUUGCGUUACGUUUUGCUUGUUGAAACAACGGAACGACACAACUUCAGAUUCUAAAUUGUUAUACAAAAAUCGGACCAUUGACCGCUGUUACUCAGAUAUUUCUUCUGCCACCGACGAGGAUAUUGUUUGUUACAAAUAGCAGAAACAAAAACUCAAAGCAACAUGAGAGGCAAAAGUGAUUUUGCUGUAUAAUAUAAUAUGCGAACAUCCGAGCUAAGUCUUAGACGGUAAGCAGGGGGUUAUACAACAACUAAAUCAGCAAUCG